AAACCUUCCCAUGCCUUGGGGGACUGUCCGAACAACCCAUCCUCGCGAAUCGAGAGUCCUCACGUUCUCUGUCUCUGAUUCCUUCGCCAGAGACAUGGCGUCGCAGACAUUAUUAUUACAGUCGCUUCCGUUUGUCCAUUAGCGAAGCAAAGCCCCGCAAUAACACCGCCCGCUCCUCCUUAAAAAUCGUUCCUUAUUCUCCCCCGGUCCUUCCAACAUAUUCAACGACGUCUCGAGGGGUAAAAAUAUGGCCAAUCCCAAAUGGGGUUCUCUCCUCCUUGUCCAGGUCGUCUUCCUCGUGGUCUUCCUCGUCAAUCCCCAACUGGGUUUCUCCGAGGAAGACCCGCUCGUCCAGCAGGAGCUGGACAGGGUUCUUGAGCUCCCGGGUCAGAGCUUCAACAUCAGCUUCCCCCACUACUCGGGCUACGCCACGGUCAAUGAAGAAUCGGGGCGGUCCUUGUUCUACUGGUUCACCGAGGCCGCCGAGGACCCCGAUUCUAAGCCCCUCGUGCUCUGGCUCAAUGGAGGGCCGGGGUGCUCGUCGAUUGCAUAUGGGAUGGCGGAGGAAAUAGGCCCUUUUCAUAUCCGGCCGGAUAUGAGCCUCUAUCUCAAUCCUUACUCCUGGAAUCUAGUUGCCAACUUGUUGUUUAUUGAUUCACCCGUUGGUGUUGGUUUUUCCUACUCCAAUACGUCCUCAGAUUUGCUGAACAAUGGAGACAAAAGGACUGCUGAGGAUUCACUGGCAUUUCUACUCAAGUGGUUUGAGCGCUUUCCACAGUUUAAGGGGAGGGAAUUUUAUAUCACUGGAGAAAGCUAUGGAGGUCACUAUGUUCCUCAAUUGAGUAAAGCCAUUGUAAAGUACAACAAAGCAUCCGGUGAAAAUGUAAUCAAUCUGAAGGGCUAUAUGGUUGGAAAUGCUCUAACUGAUGAUUACCAUGAUCAUCUUGGGGUCUUCCAAUUUAUGUGGUCAGCUGGUUUGAUUUCUGAUCAGACAUUCAAGCUGCUGAAUGUUCUCUGUGAUUUCCAGUCUUUUAUACACACCUCAAGUGCUUGUGAUAAAGUUCUAGAUAUAGCUAGCGACGAGCUCGGAGAUAUUGAUCCAUACAGUAUAUAUACUCCUCUUUGCCCUGUCAAUGGUAGCCAGUCAAACCGCCUUCGCAAAAGAAUGAAAGUCAUUGGCCAUGUCAAUGAGAAAUAUGAUCCCUGCACGGAGGAGCACUCAGUUAAAUAUUUCAACCGUGCUGAGGUACAGACAGCACUUCAUGUAAACAAGGCAUUUGCGCCAGCUAAAUGGGACACUUGCAGUGACUUAGUUAGUGAAAAUUGGAAGGAUGCUCCUCGUACGGUGCUGGACAUCUACCGUGAGCUUAUGCGCGAAGGACUUCGCAUCUGGAUGUUCAGCGGUGACACGGAUGCUGUCAUCCCUGUCACAUCCACCCGGUACACAAUAGAUUCUUUAAAGCUUCCAACAGUGAAACCUUUUCGCGCUUGGUAUGAUGAUGGGACGGUGGGUGGAUGGACUCAGGAGUACGCAGGACUUACCUUCGUAUCCGUGAGAGGAGCAGGUCAUGAAGUCCCUCUUCACAGACCAAAGCUAGCGCUUGCACUCAUCAAAGCCUUCUUAGCAGGAACCUCGAUGCCAUCACUCCAACUAGUGAGCGAUUCUUGAAAGUUUUUUGUGUUACUCGCAAGUGCAGUUUUCCAGAGCAAAGUUCUCUAUGGGGCUGUAAGUCAUUCGAUAUUCCUGAUGAAUAAAAGCAUUCAUGUGGGACUUGAAACGAGACCCGAACUGUAAAUAAAAAAGGAUUUCAGGUUGCCCAGUUUCUUUCCCUCUUUAAUGCUUGAAGAACAUUCAGGUUGUUGCC